GCGAAACAAAUAGAGAGCGCCGCCGUAAAUAACAAACUGUCCGUGCGAGUUGCAGGGUGAUUUCGCCAAAAGGAGCUCGGUGUCGGGAUCGCGGGUGCGGGUCUCUUUGGGGGGUAUUUUACGAGUGGAGAGGGUCACUGCGCGAUAGGGGCGCCGGCCACAGCGGUCGCUACAUGCGCGACGCGCGUGUUCGAGCCGCCCAGGGCCCACCGUGGACGUGCACCCACUGUCGACUUCCUCAUCGACAGGAUGUCCCUGAGAGAGUCGCCGAGCCGAGCUCCUCGUCAUCGGCUGGCCUAGCUCUGAAUGCUAGUCUCGUCUCUCGAGCCGCCUGGACCACAGCAUGAAGGAGAUGCUUGGAGGGUGCUGCGUGUGUUCUGACGAGAGGGGUUGGACAGAGAAUCCGCUGGUGUAUUGCGAUGGACAAGGCUGCACCGUUGCCGUCCACCAAGCAUGUUACGGUAUCGUUACGGUACCAACGGGACCAUGGUACUGCAGGAAAUGCGAAUCGCAGGAGCGCAGUGCACGCGUGCGCUGCGAGUUAUGCCCGAGCCGAGAUGGAGCUCUCAAGAGGACGGAUCAAGGAGGCUGGGCCCAUGUCGUCUGCGCGCUUUAUAUCCCAGAAGUACGGUUUGGCAAUGUCACUACAAUGGAGCCCAUUAUAUUGCAACUUAUACCAUCUGAGAGAUUUAAUAAAACAUGUUACAUUUGUGAGGAGCAAGGGCGAGGUAGUAGAGCAAAUGUGGGAGCAUGUAUGCAGUGCAACAAAACAGGCUGCAGGCAGCAAUUUCACGUCACGUGCGCUCAGGCCCUUGGCUUACUCUGUGAGGAAGCUGGCAAUUAUCUUGACAAUGUGAAAUAUUGUGGAUACUGUCAACAUCACUAUUCGAAAUUGAAAAAGGGAGGCAAUGUUAAGACAAUACCUCCGUACAAACCAAUCCCAGCAGACAAUGGAUCAUCAGAUUCCUCUCCUGAAAAAGAUGCCGAGGCGCCCAUGAAAUCGUCGAGUACUGGAAAACGGAAGAGCUCGAGCUCUAAAUCGGCUACCUCUGGCUCGAAAAGCAAGUCUAACUCUAGUCCCAGUCUAGAGAUAAAUGGUGUGGCUGAUGAUAAAAGUAGUAGUAGUGGUCGCAAUACGCCCAAAGACAAUUCUGCAAAUUCCAGUAAAUUCACAACUUCUAAUUUCGUAGAGACCAUUGUUACUCAAUCGGAAAGUGUAUUUGGACACGAAGGCACUGCAGUCGUCAACAAAUCCGGGUCUAACGCGAGUUUGAUUCACAAGAGCGGUGUUCAGCCAAAAGCUAAUUCUUCCUCAACGAACAAAUCUUCAAGUCAUUCAAAUAAAAAGAGAAAAACCGGUGCUCGUACACCUACUGCGAUUGGAAGUGAGAAUUCAAAUCAUUCUGUCAGCUCGGAGGCUAGUGGCUCGGUAGUGGUUGCAGUUAGUUCAGUAGUUCAACAAGCAAUUGCCAGUAACAGUGUACAGCCGACGGUCACAGAAGCCACGAGUCUUAGCACUACGACUGAACCUGAUAAAUUUAAGAAGGUAAAAGUCGAGAAUCCCCCUGUUCAAACAUCGUCGAACACUCCUAUUGCAACCGAGGCAACAACUACACCUGUGAUAAUGUCGGUGGCACAGUCCCAGCCAUCCGUUGUAACUCAGUCACCGACCACUACGUCAAACAGCAUAGUAGUUUCUGUACCAUUGAUCGCUACUUCUCUUCCAAGUUCAGUGCAAAGCGUUGUCACUAGUGCACCGACAUUAUAUCAACAGUUACAGCAAAGUAUGGUUGCUACAGCAGCGACUAUGGAUGCAGGACCAAAUACAGGGUCAACGGAUGAGAACUUUCCAGAGGAUAAUGAUAAUAAUCCAGCUAAAAGGUCUCGCUCGCAGUCAUCAGAUAAAGCAGAAAAAUCUCGCAAGCCAAGGCGUGCUACAUCUAAUAGCCAGCCAGCGACGGUGUUAGCACAGUCCGUUACAACAGCUGCACCCGCAAUUUCCAGUAACGCCGUAGUUACGACAACAAAACGUGGCGGAAGAAGUAAUCAUCAAACCCCACCGCCGUCAGCCACGGUGGCGCCAGUGCCAUCGAUUAUACAGGGUCCCACGCUGGGCACGGGACAUUUCAGCAGCGUGGGCUCUGGCUCGGGUGGCAUAAUGGGUCCAACGGUUAAGGAUUCUCCUCCUAGUAGUCCUGGUUCUGAGAGUAUGAGUAGUUCAGGGCCAGGACGUAGGAAGCGAAAAAGUGCUGGUGGUACUACGUCGAUAACACCUACACCGUCUACAUCGAAUACACCAACUGCGCUCACGACGAACACCAAGGAGGAAAAGGAUAUAAAAUUAUUUCAAAAUGGAGUGAGUGCGCCACACAUGUUAGGUAACCAGCUGAAUCCAUCUUCGACGAUGGCACAGAAAAUGUCGGAUACGCUUACACAAGAACUGGAAGCACAUUCAAUUUUCACAGAAGCUAGCAAUUCUACAACUAGCUUAGUUGGACCACAGCUGCACAGUCGUGUUAUUGCGUCGAUACGAUCCAACCAACCGACAACAACAGCCCCUUCACUUUCUUCGGUCUUCAAUACAAACAGUAAUUCAUGCGCUAGUACGAGUGCUGGAGCUCUGGGAGGUGGUGCUAUUCCUCAAACAUUGGAUCAACUUCUGGAACGACAGUGGGAGCAAGGCAGUCAGUUUCUAAUGGAACAAGCGCAGCAUUUCGAUAGUGAGUUUGCGUCUCUACUUUCCUGUUUGCAUCAAUUGAGAGCCGAGAAUCUGAGGCUCGAGGAGCACGUGAACAGUCUUCUUCAAAGGAGAGACCAUUUGCUCGCUGUAAAUGCAAGAUUAGCCAUUCCAUUGACGACGCAGCCUAGUGCGCAUCCAGCCAACAACGUGCAUCCAACGGUCAACCCCUCUCAUCCUAACAUCCCACACCCAGACGUUCCACCGGGUGCCCCUGCACCUAUCUCUCGAGUGAAUCGUGAACCUCGUGUGAACAACACGUACUUAUCCCAUUCGGGCAGUAGCAAUCACUCGACGGCAUUGGAGAAUGGACUGCCGCCGGAUCCUUCGCCCCCGGCUGCAACCUCUAUACCGCAGUAUCCGCACAGAGGAUCCAUGGUGGCACCCCAACCCAGCCCAACGAUAAGGCACAGCCCAGCAGCAAGUGGUUACCACCAGGGACAGCCUAGCAAUAUCGUGUCACCGGCAAGUGCGAACAACUCCGGAGUGGUUCGAAACUCAUCGGUCACUCCGGAUCCGCUGCGUGGGGUGCCAAGGUCAGUAUCGCAGUCCUCGAGCAGUUACAUGCCGUCGAUGUAUCAGCCGACAAUGUCCAGUCUCGCGAGUAAUCAAGUCGGUAGUGUGCACAACAUCCAUUCACACGGGCCAUCUCCAACCAGCCAUGGACCGCCCGGGAAACCCAGCUGAAGGUAGAUGCAGGCCCACAAUGGCCAGAAUCGGACGUCCCUCGGGAGAUCUACCAGCAGCCCAUCGUAUUACACACACCAACAGCGGCGCAAUCACCGGAAGAAGUAGGACUCUGAGUUUGCGCCCUGCAUUGACCGCUGAAAGUUGCAUCCGAUGCGCUGCCGAGUUGCCUCUCGAGGAUGAUAAUGCACCUCCGACUGCCCACGCUUGACGUAUACUCCCGUCACGUGGUAACUAUUCCUUAGCUCGACUCGGUCCUUUCACUCGGCUAAAGUAAAGGGGAAAGACUUGGCCGAGGUGUGUGACGAAGCUUACUUAAAGAACGAAAGUUUGUAAAUAACAACGUGACGUACUCGCUCGGCCGGCAACGCGUUUGUUUUCUAUUAUUUAUGACGACCCCGUGUCGCCAGGCUCAAACCGAGGGGAUCGACGAUAUCCAUAGGUCUAGGGAAUUUCAUAUCCUUUGGACUACUUUUUACAAAUUCAAUGUCUUUGUAGAUUGCGCGUAGGUUAGAACUUGCCACGGAUGGGAAAUCGUGAGAUCCGGCUAGAUCGUCUCCGCUCGGUUCGUCCUUCGAACGUCGCUGCGAUGGCUAUAAUGUCCUAUGUGUUCGCGCGCUAAACGGCAUCAUUGGCCGGUUUAGUUUAAGAUAGUUCCCCUCCCACUUCGUAAUCGUUUUCGUAUCGAAUUUUUCGGGAUAUCUCGUAUCAAUUUUCGAGGCGUGUUUCCGUCGGAAACGCCCGAGAGGUCGGGUCUUAGGCCUGGUUUACGCUGGUUUAUUGUUAGCGCAGUGGAACGUACCGAUUUCCUUGGGAACUUGUACAGUUUAUAGGGUACAAGGUUUGCUCACAAACUAAAACCCACGCCCAUGUAUCCGUGAUUGGUGGUCAUUUGACGAGCUCUCGUAGAUAUGAAUUUAGGUUCGUGGCGUAUGUUGCCAAAAGUUCUACGAACGUUGGUAGGAAAGAGGAGUCAUUCCAACGUGUCGCAUAAUAUAUUUUUUUUUCAUACGUUUCUUAAAGUAUGUAAUGUUAAUACCGUCGAUUGUUCAACUUGUGCAGCCUCGGAUAUACGCACGUGUUCCACACGUAGGGGUCAAGUGAAGUGUGACCUCGAAUGUAGUCGGACGGGGACACACGGACGCGCAGGCCAGGCCUACUCGAACCUACUAAUUAGAGGCUAAAUUGGACGUAUAGGAUUUAGAUGGGCAUGGGUACAGUGUGUUUAAAUGUCGAGACGAUCCUCCGGAGCGUUGACAUCGGAAGGACUUGUCUCUCGGACCGUGUGCUCGACCGAAGAAACCGUAGGUGCGUUCUUCCCUUGAGUCGGUUCGACUUUAGUUUCCUUUUACCCCGAGAGAGUUCCCGGUGUAUGCGUUAAGCCGCCUCCAAGACAAUCUCCUCCAGUGUCGGCGUUCGAUGCGAACAGCAAACCCACAGAUGUACAAACAUUAGUCCGUAAGACGAACCUAUAUCGCGAUGAAUAGCAAUAAUAUUACCAUAGGUGUACAAUUGUAACGUUAACGUUGAAAAUACUGCCUGUAAGCCAGCGGCGGUGGCGCCCCCCACGCGAAAGACCCACCAACUAUUUCUAUACGGAGACAAAAUACUUUUCUACGUCGUAGUCGAUGGCUCGUAAACUUAAUGCCAUAAAUGGCAAAAGCCAGUCCCGUGCGCGUCGACGGGGAUGUGUUUAUGUACUUUUUUUUUUCUUCUUUUUUUUCCCCCCUCGCACCGUAGACUCGCACACGAGGACGAUUUCCGAGGCCACCGCUGUUGAUUUUGAUACUGCCGCAUUAAGGAUACGACACAGGAUAACCACGGAAACAACCUAUUUCAGAGCCGGACGUUAAAGUAUAUUGUAAUGUUUAAGCGUACCUCAGAGCACUGCCUUCCACGAACAAGCGCUUUGAAGUAGGUUGAUCGCGACAUCGCCAUCCUCGAGUAGAAGCGUGUGUUCAGUUUUUCCUUCUUUGGCCUGUUUUCUGUUUUUCGUUUCUUUUUGUUAUCGACUGGAACCCCGGCCAAAUUGAUCGGCGCGGCGAGACUGAUAUUAACGGAAAUGUUUUUCAAAUGACUCUUCAAGGCUAGCCGGUUCUAGAUUAUACGUCGAUUUUGUACAUAUUAUGUCUUUACUGCGAAAUCAUCCUUCGACGUCGCACCAUUGUUAAGGUGAUGCGAAAGUGGCGUCAGAGAGCUCUUUUAUGAAACUUCACCACGUCAAUAUAGGGACUAGAGGAAGGGUCCUGACAUCCAUGAAAUUUCAUUUUUUUUUUUCUUUUACAUUUGUUAUGAAAAAUGAAUUUUCGGGGGUGUCGGGACCUUUCUCAGGGCCUUCAUGUUUAUGUGAUAAAAUUUGGAACGAUUCGGUACAUCAAGUUAGCUGAAAUGUUUUAUGGACGAUUGAUUCCUUGGAUGCCUCUUUCAUAUCACCUUAAUGUAGCGAACCUUCAGGCCUACCGUGUGGUCCGAAGCUGGAAUUUGUUCGGCGAUGCGUUUUCCUUGCAAUUUUAUUGCAGUUUAUGGAAAAUAAGGCGCGACGGCCCGACUGGUAGCGCCGCAGGCGAUUCUCCUCUAUUUAUUUGUUGUUCGUUGGUAACGAAAUUCAUGUUCGCGUCUGUAGGAAAGUCGCAGUCGUAUGAGUCCGGAUUGUCCUGGGAGAUUAGUACAGCGAGAACACUCUUCGAAGUCGUUAAUAUUAUUAAUCGCUGAACGCACACAGUUUUCGUGUCGAUUGACGAUUUGGAGCUUUAUACAAGUGGAAGUCUAAGGUUAAGGGAAAGGAAGACCCCUCGGUAUCUCGCGAAUACUUGUACGGUGGUAUUGCACAUUUUGAAUGUAAUGGGUCGGUGGGAAAUCUUAGGAAUCGCUUAUGGAAAUGCCAGCUGGGUGAUAACUACGGCGUCAAAGUCGGAUAUUAAUAAUGUAUCCAGUCGUGGAUUAUAAGAGUAGGACUUCGUCUGAGUUACCAAAAAUCACUAAAAAUUCGGAAAACCUAUUAAGAGUAUCGACGAGCUAGAGGAAUUAGGCCGAUCGUGGUUGAGACUUGUGUAUCGUAGCUUUUUAAAACUGCAAACCGCCAUUAAAGUAAUGCCUGGCUAGAGUAACGUCGACGGGUUUAUUUGCAAGGUGUCUUUUACCCGAGAACGUUGAUAUUCUUCGAGAGGAGGGUUCGUGUAAAUAAAACGGACUGGACAUUUAAUUCCGAGAUCGGAGGAAGAGACCCGUGACACUUUUUUACCACCAACCUCUCGAAGGACCUUCUCGUGGCUCUCUUACAUUUUCAAUUGUAUAACGUACUUAAGUGACUGACAUCGACAUCGAAAAGUACAGUAAGUUCGAUCUGUGUUAGCUACUGAGUGCUGUUAACGUAACGAUUAAGUGAUAGAUUGUGGUGAUAUUCGUUGGUGUUGUUUUUUUACACACCGUAUAGUCAACUAGAUAGGGAAACUAUAGGUCGACUCGCGUUUACGAAGGCUCGAUUUUUGAUCUCCCUGGACGUCGGGAUAUGGGCAGCUUUCUUGGCUGUUGCGAUUUUAGCCGAGACUGGUCUUCCGGACGACUCGAAAGACCUCUUCGAUCCCGUCUUAGCGGACCACUUUGUCUGGAAUAUAUUGUAGAGAUCGGCGAGUGAGGCUUCCGAGGAUGAUCGAACUCCUUUACUCGCGUAUUCUGACUCUUUCGAGGCGUACUCGUCGAGCGGUGAGGAAUAUUUUAUACUCUCACGGUGUACUGUGUAAAAUGGUUUUUCUUUUCUUUUUUUUUUUUUUAUCAACGGCAUGUGUGACAAUGAACUAUCGUGGACCUAACUAUAGCUCGAUCCGAUCCUGACGACCGGAUUGUGCGCGAGAAUGGGACGAUAUGGUUAGAGGAAAAUCUGUUCUAGGAUUUAAGAGUUAACUUUUAACGAUAUCUACGUGGAUAACCAGCGUACUCUUCGCGACGUUUAAUCGGUGUACCGGAGAUGAGGAUAACAGUUAACACCAAACUUUUACAGGAUAGCUUAUCACCACUCAGGGAAUCGAUUUACUCGACAGGUUCGGUUCUUUUGCAUUAGUCGCCGGUGGUCAGAGUUUAGAAUUAUACGGUCGAAGGAUGAAACGUCCUUUUAAUGAAUGUCUGUGUAUGUAUAUCUUUUUUUCUUUUUAAUCCAGAUCAUGUCAGUGUGACAAAAUGUUUACAUAUUUCGCUUAAAUGGUAAGCAUUUUAUCCAGGGGACAUUCGCUUGGAAAUCAGUGAAAGUGAUUUUCACGUAAUUUCACGCGUUUAAAAUCCAUGAUUUCUUGAGUGAAUAAUCCCCCGCAAGAUAUUCCUAUAUCAGCUGGGUGUAUCUGAAUUGAGAGAGAGAAAAAAAAAAAGAAAAAAUAGAAACAGACUCGUGGGAACUCUUUUGUACCGACAUUUCGUACUUCGACCGCGUAAGCUGUUCCCACUGAAUUUGGUUUCUGUCCUUGAUGGUCCUCGGCGAUCCAGAUCGAAAGCAUGGUGUCUAGCAAUCCGAGGAAUCCCGGAAAAUCGGGAUAAUUCAGGGAACUAGAUCGACGUAAUAAACACGUCAAGGAAUAGGAAUAAAUAGUAAGGGCGUUUCGCGUAAGUUUUUUAAUUGUAUGAACUAGGAAUCACACCGAAAGCACCCUUUUGUACGGAAAAGAAGGAAAAACUGUGAACGUAAAUUUAGCCCGUAGGUGAUAUAUCGAAGGAAUUAGAUAAUGAUAACCGGAAUAUCCUGGACACCAUGCGAAGGAUAUCCUUGCCAACGAGACGCGAGUGGAUCGCGAUCCUUUUGAACGUUUAGAAGGGGAGAAAAUAAUGGGAAAUAUUUCAUUAGUGUACUCAAGCACGUCUCUCUCUCUACACUGUACGAUUAAGAACGAUUUUAACGCGGAAUCAGGAUAGACACGGUGUAUUUUUAACCGAGAUAAAGUACGGCUCUAAAGUGCAAAGAGAGGAGGAAAGGAGAGCCAGUCCUCUCGAGGCGCACGAUACAUAUUAUCCUAGGGGAGUUUUAGAGAGAGAGAGAAAAGUGCGAAACAAAUAAUAAGCAGAGUGAGAGAAAGAAAAAAAAAAAUGAAACUUAACGCAGAAGGACGAUAUUUUUUCACAGUUGCUCGUGCCAAAUUUUUGCAAUCGCAGGGGAUUUAAAUGAAUUAUAUCGAGUACUCGGUAGGACUAAGGUACCGCGGUUAGGUUUGAUACGAAGACCGUAAAGGUUGAUCCCUCGUAAGUGCGAAUCACGACCCCGCAUGUACUGCCUCGAAUUAAUUAAUUAAUUUAUUUAACGAGUUUCCCCAAUUAAUAAUAUGAUUCGUCAAAGGGGAAGAAUUGGAUGACUUCGUUGCGCAUGUCUCAUAUAGCUGGUUUCAUCUCGACAGGCUCUAUAUAAUGAUUUAAUAGGAUUUAAUAAGACCGGUCAAUUGACUCGUUUCGAGUGGGACUCAUCGUCUCGGCUAUCACUCGGCUCGUGCCCUGUGAUAACAGCGAUGCUUACUUAUUAUCUCGUGUCCAUCCCCUUUGAAAGUCGGACAAAGCACUGCCGUAGGAUGUUAAUCGUUUUGUCAUUGCAUUACGCGAACGCGUAUGUUACUUAGAUAACGGAAGAGAAUGCAUUUCCCUCGACACGCAUCGUUAUCAUCGCUAUCGCUCGCACUCUCGUACGUACGCGCAUGCGUACGACUCUGUAUAGAAACGGACUCUAGUGUAUUUUAUAUAGGAAGGACACUGUACCAUAUUCAUGCAGCAGAAAAAAAGGAAAUAUACUAUUCUAUUGUAGACGA